GUACUGCAUAUCGGACAGUAACCACAUUUCAGGGAAUGACGUAGAAGUAUACUUCUUUGUUGUUACAAAGACUACAACGUGUUUCAUGUCAAUUUUUUUUCCUCCUACAUGGACCAGGUGUAAAGAAAAGGAUACUAACUUCCGAAAACUUCCCUGAACUUUCGCAAUGGCAAAUAUGCAUAACCAUAUAUAUCUGGUUAUAUUCGUCUUCCAUUGUUUUGUAUGGAGAACUGUGCUUUCCGCUGCUGUCGCUCAGGGUAAAAAUUCCAAAAUAUCUUCAUUACACUAUGAAGAUUUCACUGAUUUGAAAAUCUCAACAGAAAGUCCAGUCGUUCCAAAAUUAGAUUUUUUACUAUGUGACGUUCCAUUUCCACCUAAUUUCACAUUUCCUUUACACUACAAAAGUUCCAAGAUCAGAAAAUGUUUUAAAUCAUAUCCUUAUUUCCCAAACCAAACUUUUUUCAAUUCCGAUGACACAUUCGCUUUUCCGCCAAUUUCAAAAUUUGACACUGUCAAAUCUGUGUCUUCCGCUAAAGAGACGCAAUGGCAUCCCAAUGUAAAUGGGGGCUACUGGACCUAUCGUAAGAAACCUACACCCGUGAAAGAUGAUAUUACAAGAUUUAAUAAAAAUUUACCUCCACUUCACAUCGCAAGGUGGCGUAACCUCGGAACACCGACUUUCGACGUACAAAAACCUUCGGUAAUUGCUGAGCAGCCAAUACCGAGGUCAGGACCCAGGCUAGGUCCGAAGGCAGGACUCAGGCAUGGACCGAGGUCAGCAUCGAAGCUAAGAUCUAAGCCAAAAUCCAGGUCAGGACCGAGGCCACCAUCGAAGCUAGGACCGAGAUCAGGACCGAGGCCAGUACCUAGGCUAGGACCGAGGCCAGACCCGAUAGUAGGACCUUUCUCUAAAUAUGGUGGAAUAAGAGGAACAGCAGGGGUUGGUGUGCCUGUGCCACAUAAGUUCACGCAUAUGAGUCCGUUUCGACGGCAUGGAGCACGGUGGUAGAAGUGAGGUGUAGAAACCUCAUUCAUAAUUUGUCUCGAAAUCACUGAUAGAGACCAUAAAUCGUGCGAUUGGGAUUAUAUGUUACUCCUAUUAGAUUAUUACCAUACAUUGUAAUUGAUUUCAUCAGUAAAAUUGAUUUUUCGAUUUCUGUCAAAUAAUACCAAGUUUAUAUAAACAAAAAUAUGUUGGUAUUAAUGUUAUUGUUUGUUAUAAGUUUUAUUAUACUGAUAUAGUUUUUGCCACAAUUAAAAACUAGUACUUACUGGUUUUAGUUGCUAACAACUAGAACUCCAGUGCUGAUUUUCAUAUUCUUUAGCGAUGCUACGUGUUUAUACUGUUGAAACUUCAUCGAACGUCAGAAUUGUCAACAUGAAACAUGCAAGGAUAAACAAAUUAUAAAACAAUUAUUUUAACGUUUAUAAAAUUUGAGUUAAUUAUCUCUUGUUGGUCAGUGUUGUUUUUUUAAUUUUGGCAAACACUGUAGGUAUGUUAAUUUUACCCUAGAGAUACAUAUAUAGUCAAAAAGAUAUUUAUUCGUUUAAGCAACAUUUAUUCUUAUUUGGAACAUACAAUAAUAAAUUGUUACAAAAUA